GAGCCCGGAAGGUGCGCUGCCCCGCCCCAGUCACCCCCUUCCCAGCGCCUCCCGCGUGAAAGUGAAAGUUCUAGGGCCCCCGCGAAGGUCAAGGAUUAGGGGGCGGGGCCGGCGCGGACGUGGGAGUCAGCGCCAGGCACUGGAGGGGCCAUGGAUGGGCUCGGCCGCCGCCUCCGAGCCAGCCUGAGAUUGAAGCGCGGCCGCGGGGGACCUUCCCAGAGCAAUACUGUGGAAACUGCCACAGAGCCAGAAAGGAGCCAGGAGCAUUCUCUGUCUAGCUUUGCUGGAGGCCAGCACUUCUUUGAAUACCUUCUUGUUGUUUCUUUAAAGAGAAAUCGUUCAGGGGAUGACUAUGAACCCACGAUCACCUAUCAGUUUCCCAAGAGGGAGAACCUGCUCCGGGGUCAACAGGAGGAGGAGGAACGGCUACUCAAAGCCAUUCCUUUGUUCUGCUUCCCUGAUGGGAACGAGUGGGCACCACUCACAGACUAUCCCAGGGAGACCUUCUCAUUCGUCCUGACCAAUGUGGAUGGAAGCAGGAAGAUUGGAUACUGCAGGCGCCUCCUGCCUGCUGGUCCUGGCCCUCGCCUUCCCAAAGUUUACUGCAUCAUCAGCUGCAUCGGCUGCUUCGGCCUGUUCUCCAAGAUACUAGAUGAAGUAGAGAAGAGGCAUCAGAUCUCCAUGGCUGUCAUCUACCCAUUCAUGCAAGGUCUCCGAGAGGCCCCCUUCCCUGCACCUGGAAAGACUGUCACCCUUAAAAGCUUCAUCCCUGACUCAGGCACGGAGUUCAUCUCACUGACAAGGCCCCUGGACUCCCACCUGGAACAUGUGGACUUUAGUGCUCUGUUGCACUGUCUCCAUUUUGAGCAGAUUAUUCAGAUCUUUGCCUCUGCAGUACUAGAAAGAAAAAUCAUAUUUCUGGCAGAAGGUCUCAGUACCCUGUCUCAGUGUAUUCACGCUGCAGCUGCUCUGCUCUACCCCUUUAGUUGGGCACACACAUACAUCCCCGUGGUCCCUGAGAGCCUUCUGGCCACUGUCUGCUGCCCCACCCCUUUCAUGGUUGGGGUACAGAUGCGCUUCCAGCAGGAGGUUAUGGACAGCCCCAUGGAAGAGGUGUUGUUGGUGAAUCUUUGUGAAGGAACCUUCUUAUUGUCGGUUGGUGAUGAAAAAGACAUCCUACCACCAAAACUUCAGGAUGACAUCUUGGACUCUCUUGGUCAGGGAAUAAAUGAGUUAAAGACUUCAGAACAAAUCAAUGAGCAUGUUUCAGGCCCUUUUGUGCAGUUCUUUGUUAAGACUGUGGGCCACUAUGCCUCUUAUAUCAAACGUGAGGCCAGUGGGCAAGGCCACUUCCAAGAACGAUCCUUCUGUAAGGCUGUCACCUCCAAAACCAAGCGCCGGUUUGUGAAGAAGUUUGUGAAGACACAACUUUUCUCUCUGUUCAUCCAGGAAGCAGAGAAGAGCAGGAAUCCUCCUGCAGGCUAUUUCCAAAAGAAAAUACUUGAAUAUGAAGAGCAGAAGAAACAGAAGAAAUCAAGAGAAAAGACUGUGAAGUAAAAGCUGUGGUGGGCAACACUGUCUAGAGCUACAGGCCAAUUUGGACUUUGGCCCUUCUGGUAUGAAAAGGUCAGAGAGGCUCUCAACCUUGGAAUCCAUGGCCUCCUUCCAACUGGUACCCAGUUUUGCUUCAAAGUGGUAUCUGAGUUUGGGGUCCUUGGUAUCAGGGUUUCUCAGAACCUUGAGAGCUCUCAUCCAAGCUCAUAGAACUGUACUCAAAGUUGAAUCUUUAGCAGAAUGGACACAGUGGGAAACAGUAAUACAGAUGUGGGUGAUUGAUUAGAAGUUGCUGCCACUGCCAUCUCCUGGGAACCACCAUCAUAAAUUCCUCAGCAGACAACAUUGUUGUGGCCCAGUGACCCAUGUACAAAAUAGUGGUCUGACAUGUGAGGAUGAAAAUAAAGAUGAAAACUGCUUAUUGUUUGUCAAUCUAGGAGGCACUGUAUCGGAGAACUGAACUAGACAUGAAGAAGGACCUGGUCACACUAGGCUGUUUGGAACCACAAAACCAGGGGUCAGCAGCACCACUUCUACUAGGAAGAGUAAGAAAUCUUGAUCAGAGUGGCCACAGCAUAGUAGUCUUUGGUACUACUUUGGAAGUCAGGUGUGCUUUCCAGAUUCUGAGCAGGGACUGCUAAUAUAAAGGAGGCCGCUUUGUCCUCGGGCAAAUUAAUGGAGAAAUUCCAGUCAACAGAAACCUUUGAAGGCUACUUCAUGACUACCAUAAACAGGCCAGACUGCCCAUAACUCAGCCAGGGCUAGUCCUUUACCUUCAGUCUUAGGCAUCUCACCUCAACUGCUUAUUAAGCUUCCAGUUCCAUUCUCUAGCCAAAGCGUAGAGAUCCCUGCACUGGCAUUUCCCCCUCCCCCCUUAUAAUCCAAAGUAUUUAGUAUUUAUCUAGGCCCAUCUUUUCCUAUACCUCCAUUCAGUUUCUGUCUAAACCUGCAAGAAAAACAUCUCAUCUUCUAGAAUUCUAUCUUUGAAAUGUUUUCUCGCCAUAAUUUUAUGAUGGCCUUCAGAAGUUUCUGAAAUCCAUACAAAGAAUGCAAAUGAUGUGAGAGUUUAUCAACAGGCAGAACUACAAAAUGGAAGUUUAAGGAAUACACCCUGACUUGGGGAACACAUGUCCACAUGCUAUGCCUAACUAUAGUUCUCAGCUUCUAGGAAUCAUUGUAUCUUUUUAUAUGGUUUAUAGAAGUGGAUGUUAAACCUAGUUAAAUCUUGAAAAGUUUCAGACCAAAAACCAGAAUGCGGUUAAGGCUCAGAAAAUACUAAGGCUCCAAUAGAAGUCUACCAAAUUCUGGUAGACUUCUGAACCUGGAGUACAUAUGGUGGCACAGCCUAUGAUCAUAGCAUUCAGGGGGUUACCGAAGGAGAACUGAGAGUUCAAGGCCAGCCCGAGAUACUGUGUGACCUUGUCUAGAAUCCACCCCUCACCAAAAGGUCCAGAAUUAUGUUUUCUAAAAGUAUCCACAUGUUGAAUGAUUCUUAUACUCUAGGAGGUCAGUGAAUACAGCAUCCAGCACCAACUGAGGCUUUCCAUAAAGCAAUCAUUGGCCUGAUGAUGCUGUUGUUUUCUAGGGCCAAAGGAAGCACACACAAGUGCUUUUCAGAUCCCCUCUAUGAUGAGGAGAAAAACAUGACACAUGUAUUUAUUUCAGUUAGCCCUGAGUACCUGUUUAUAGCUUUGGUGUGGUAUAGAAAACACUAGCUAGAAUUCAGAAGACCGUCUAGAUUCCAUCUGGAGUAUAGCAUUAACGUGUGACAACUGGUAUUUCAUUUAGCCUCUUCAGGUCUCAAUUCCUACUAGGCAUGAACAACUGUUAAAUGUCUGCUGAAACAAUCAAAUAAAACAAUGGCUGUAACUGUA